AUGAUGACAAUAAAAGGCAACACGUUAGCUGUAUCAUCAUUCAAUAAUUUUAUGUUAACUCAUGUUUUUAAUAUGAAAGUAUAUGACCGAAUGAUCUAUGAAAUGACCAAAUUUGAUGCAAUUCUUGUUAUCAAUACAAAUAAUAAUAAAAAUUCAGGUAACAAAAACAUCAAAUGUACAUCAAAUGAUAAUCAACUAAUUCUUGAUGACUCACACAAUACAUUACCAGAUAUUGAUAAUAAAUCUAACGAUACACAAUCCAAUAAAUUAAAUCCAACAUUGAAUUACACUGCAAAUAAUACAAGAUCCUGCAUGAAAAGGAACAAACAUAUUAUGAUGAACAUUCAAACUUUUACUAAUGACUCACACAAUCUGCCAACAGAGAAUGAUAAUAAUAUUGAUAUUGGACAAUUAAAUCAAAGGGUCAUGACAUCAAAUAACCUUCAAAGAAUUGAUAAUAUUUCAUCUAAUGAAUUAAUUCAUAAGAACAAUAAACUAGAAAUUACACAAUUAAAUGGAUUAGAUACAAUUAUUGAUAAAUAUGUAAAUAAUACAUUUUUAAGCAAAGAAAUGAAUAAACACACAUUUAUUAAUAAUGAUGUAAUUAAUGAAGAUUCACAUAAUCAAGCACUUAAAAUACAAUUGAAGUCAUCUCCAGACAAUCAUCCAGAUUUAGCUGCUACACAUUUUAAUCUUGGUAGAAUUAAUUUAAAACUAAAUCAAUACGAUAAUGCAUUAGAACAUUUUCAAGCGUCUGAGACAAUUAUGACUAAAAUCUUUAAAGAAGAUCAUCAUGAUCUUGAAUUAUUAUAUUUUUAUAUUGGUGAUGCUUAUCUCUUACUUGAAAGUUAUCAAAAAUCAAUUGAGAAUUGUGAAAAAUCUCUUCAAAACCAACUGAAAAAUCCUAAUGUAGACAAAGAUCAUUUAGCAACAACAUACAGAUAUAUGGGACUAGCUUUCAAUAGACUAGGUAAAUAUGUUGAAUCAACAAAGAAAUUUAAAAAAGCAUUGGAAGUUCAAUCAGAAUUACAAAAUCAACUUGAAAUGAUAGAAAUUAUUGGACAUAUUGGAGAAAACUAUCAUAAACAAGCUAAUCACACCGAAGCAUUGAAAAAUAAUAAAAAAGCAAUUGAAAUUCAAUCCAAUUUGUCUCCAAUCAAUAAUAUCAACUUAACAACAUUGUAUAGCAAUAUGGCAUAUGCAAAUUUAGCUAAUAGAAAUUAUCAAGAAGCAAUCACAUGUUUCAAAACUGUACUUGAAUUACAAUCAAAAUAUUUAUCACUUAAUGAUUCAAAUAUUAUACGAACAUAUAACAAUAUUGGUUCUAUUUAUCGUCAACUUAAUGAUUAUGAUACUGCGUUAGAGUUUUUUACACAAGUAACUGAAGCAGAAAAAGUUUUACAAAUGAAUUCUUUCGAAUAUACAAAAAUAUUAAAUAAUAUUGGAUUCAUAUAUUGUCAACAAGAAAAAUUAACAAAUGCAUUAUAUCAUUUUCAAAAAGCAUUAGAGAUUCAACUAACAAUCAAUGAUAUACAACCGGAAGCUAUAGCUGUAAUAUAUAAUAAUAUUGCAAGUAUCUAUCUAAGACAAAAUGAAUUUGAUUUGGCAUUUGUCAAUGCUAAAAAAGUUCUUGAACAUUGUCCGAGAGUUCAUAAAUUACUUGCUGCAACAUAUGAUAUUUUAGCUCAAGUGUGUUCGAAACAGAAUCAAUUUAAUGAAGCUAUUAAUGCGUAUUCGAAUAAAAUUGAAAUAAUGGAAAAAACACAAUUUAUAAAUCCUCAAGAAUUGGCAAAGACUUAUAAUAACUUAGGAAUGGUUUAUAAUACCAUAUGUAAUUAUGAUAUGGCUAUGAGAAAUUUUGAAAUGGCACUUACAAUAGAAAAAGAAUUAUUUCCAUUGAAUCAUCCUACUUUUGCUAUAACAUAUAAUAAUAUUGCAAGUGUUUAUUCUGCUAAGGAAGAUUUUCGUAAAGCAUUAAAAUAUUAUAAUAAGGAACUUGAAAUUCGUUUAUUAUCAUCAGAUUUGAAUUCUGUAGAUCUAAUGAUAAACUAUAGAAAUCUUAGUGUAGUUUAUUACAAAUUAAAUAAAUAUGCUGAUGCAUUCAAAAUGAGUGAAAUGGCACGAAAAAUUGUUGUUGAAUAUACACCAUCGAAUGACAAUCAGUUAAUAUUAUUAUACAAUGAUUUAGAAGAAAUGUAUUAUAUCAAUCAUAAAUAUGAUAUUGCAUUCGAUAAUUACAAACAAGCAUUGAGAAUAGGAUGGCAAAUAUUACCAGCUGAUAACGACGAACUAAUAUCUGCCUAUAAAAAUAUUGAUCAAAUUUAUUUUAUGAGCAGAAUUACAAAUUCAACUGAUCAUUUAUUAGAAACGAAUUGUUUUACACCAUUAACAUAUAGUACUAUUGCGGAUAUAUUUAAUGAAAUGAAUCAAUAUGACAAAGCAUUAGUCUAUUAUCAAAAUGCAUAUCAUGCCGAAAUGAAAAUGACGUCACCGAAUCUUGAACACAUCGAAGCAUAUAAAAAUAAUAUGAAUACAAUGGAAAAUAAAACAUCUUAUUUUAGUAGAAAAAAAUUUAUUCAAUUAAUGUAUACAAUUUAUGAAUACUUAUUCAAUGCUGGCUAG